CAAUUGCUUAUUACUACUAGAGCCUUGCUGGCCUCCAUAGACAGACCGACCAUUGCAAUGAAUUCCCUACGUGUCUUGGUUCCCGCGCGGCAUUGCCUACGAACGCCGGUCGCCCAAUUAUCCCGCAAGUUCCCGUUGAAUAUUCGGUGUUACGCUGUGGCUGCUGCCGAAAAAGUAGCCAAAUUUCCCGGAACCAAGGGCCCUGAUGGGAAAUAUACAGUCACAUUGAUCGAGGGUGAUGGUAUCGGACCAGAAAUCUCACAAUCCGUCAAGGAUAUUUUCGCGGCUGCAAAGGUACCGAUAAAUUGGGAGCCAGUUGACGUUACGCCGGUUAUCAAGGAUGGAAAGACUGCCAUUCCAGAUAAAGCUAUUGACAGUGUGAAGAAAAAUUUUGUUGCCCUCAAGGGACCACUUGCUACACCUGUCGGCAAAGGCCAUGUUUCCCUCAACCUUACUCUUCGCCGUACCUUUAAUCUUUUCGCAAACGUCCGACCUGGACGCUCGAUCGCUGGCUACAAGACUCCAUACGACAAUGUCCAAACGAUCCUCAUUCGAGAAAACACUGAGGGCGAAUAUUCUGGAAUUGAGCAUGUUGUGGUGGAUGGCGUUGUGCAGAGCAUUAAGCUCAUCACGCGAGAAGCAUCCGAACGUGUUCUCCGCUUUGCCUUCCAAUAUGCCCAAGAAGUAGGAAGGAAGAAGGUCCGCGUAGUUCAUAAGGCAACUAUCAUGAAAAUGUCCGACGGUCUCUUCCUGCGCACUGCGAGAGAUGUUGCCAAGGAUUUCCCCGAUAUUGAGUUCGACGCUGAGCUCCUUGACAAUACUUGCUUGAAAAUCGUCACGGAUCCUGUCCCUUACAACGAUAAAAUUCUGGUCAUGCCCAACCUUUAUGGCGAUAUAUUAUCUGACAUGUGCGCUGGUUUGAUCGGCGGCCUGGGUCUCACACCGUCUGGCAACAUUGGAGACGAAUGCUCUAUCUUCGAGGCUGUCCACGGAUCCGCUCCUGACAUUGCUGGUCAGCAGAAGGCAAACCCAACAGCUUUACUCUUGAGCAGUAUUAUGAUGUUGCAGCAUAUGGGACUGCAUCAGCAUGCCGAGAAGAUCCAAAAUGCUAUCUUCGCCACUCUCGCGGAAGGGAAGUCACUUACCGGUGACCUUGGGGGCAAAGCCACGACCAACGAAUACGCAAAUGCCAUCAUCUCUAGACUGUAAUAUUAUUAUUUGCCUGCCCACUCCCGUCCACGAUUCCCUCAUAUAUUUUAUGCAGUCGGUCAUAUCCAGUCCCCCUACUAGACAGAAAUAGCUAUAUGUAUCCUGAGCUCAGCGAGCUGGUAUUCCCUUUGUUUUCUUUCUUGCCAUUGCGAGUUACCUUUCCUUGCUGGUCUUUUUUUAUGUAAAGUAUAUACUGCUUGUUGUGAUUGCGUAGAUAGCUUGCGGAGGAUAGUUUUUGACAUUGAUCAUCUUUUCGCAUCUGGAUGUACUAUACAAAACUAAAUUUAAGUGACUUGGAGCCUACC